GUCUCGUCUUCUCCCGAACGAACAAAGCACCCGAACCACUCUCGUAUCUUCCCUGUUCCACCUUCCACCACCCUCUUUAUCCAAACGCCACCGCUCUGUCACUCUCCUUCCUCCCGGCGGAGGCACGGCCAGCCUCCUCCCGCUCCCGGCGAACAGGUCCGGACUCCGGAGGCACGGCGUGCGCGGCCGCCUUACCUGGCUGCGCGCGCGCACAGCCGGGUGAUCAGGUAAAGGCCAGGGGUAGACGCGGCCGGCCAUCCAUCUGAGUUAGAACGGAAUCGAAGUUCUGAUUUUUUUCCUCAGAUGGAUUCCUGUACUGCAAAUCUCAUGUCACGGCUGAGCAGCAUUUACAGCCAACACAGGACUUCUGGAUUGCGGUCUGAUCGUUCAAUUAUGCCAAAUUCUACAUCAAACAGUUUGAGGACAAUCAGUUCUGUUCACUUGCCGUAUAACCAUCGGGCCAGAAAUUUUCAUAUAUCUCAUGCUGUGGGUGAUUCUUCAGAACAUGUUAUUAUAAAUGGACAGGCUAGUCCUUCUAAAGUGGUUCAAGCAGAUGCUGCUGCACUUGGGACCAUAGCUGCUGAUAUGGCACCUGUUGUUGAUGGUUUUUCUGCUGAUGAUGACGAGCUUGACCUAGACAGCCCAACUGAGGGUUUCUCAUCCAUUCCUGAAGCUAUUGAGGAUAUUCGCCAAGGAAAAUAUGUGAUUGUUGUGGACGAUGAAGAUAGAGAGAAUGAAGGAGAUCUUAUAAUGGCAGCAUCAAAGGUGACACCUGAGGCUAUGGCUUUCAUAGUGAGGCAUGGGACAGGCAUUGUAUGUGUCAGCAUGAAAGAAGAUGACCUGGAAAGACUAGAACUUCCUCUUAUGGUGACAACAAAGGAAAAUGAAGAGAAGCUGCGGACUGCCUUCACUGUUUCAGUGGAUGCUAAAGAAGGCACAACAACAGGGGUUUCAGCUAAGGAUCGGGCAAAUACAGUCUUAGCACUUGCAUCUCCUAAUUCUAAGCCUGAAGACUUCAACAGGCCAGGACAUAUUUUUCCUCUUAAAUAUAGAGAAGGAGGUGUGCUGAAAAGGGCUGGGCAUACUGAAGCAUCAGUUGACCUUGCCAUGUUGGCUGGGUUACCUCCUGCUGCUGUUCUUUGUGAAAUUGUUGAUGAUGACGAUGGAUCCAUGGCUUUAUUGCCAAAACUCCAAGAUUUUGCAAGAAGGGAGAACCUGAAGAUAAUUUCAAUUGCGGACUUGAUUAGGUAUAGGAGGAAGAGAGACAGAUUGGUAGAACGUGUUUGUGUUACACCUUUACAAUUACAAUGGGGAUCAUUUCAAUCUUAUUGCUACCGAUCUCUUAUUGAUGGGAUGGAGCACAUUGCUAUGGUCAAGGGUGAUGUUGGUGAUGGCCAGGAUAUCUUAGUGCGAGUGCAUUCGGAGUGCCUAACUGGAGAUAUAUUUGGAUCAGCCAGGUGUGAUUGUGGGAAUCAACUUGCCCUGGCAAUGACCAUGAUUGAGAAGACUGGCAGGGGUGUAGUAGUUUACCUUCGUGGACAUGAAGGUAGGGGCAUUGGUUUGGGUCACAAGCUUCGUGCAUACAAUUUGCAGGACGAUGGGCGGGAUACUGUUGAGGCUAAUGAGGAUCUAGGUCUGCCGGUUGAUUCACGAGAGUACGGUAUUGGUGCACAGAUACUACGAGAUCUUGGUGUCCGAACCAUGAGGCUUAUGACUAACAAUCCUGCGAAAUAUACUGGACUGAAGGGCUAUGGUUUGAGUGUCUUGGGCAGAGUGCCACUGUUGACACCAAUAACCAAUGAGAAUCGGCGUUACAUGGAAACAAAGAGAUUAAAGAUGGGGCAUGUUUAUGGAACCCGGCCUAGUGGUAAUACAAGCACCUUGGCUGAUGGCGGCAUAAAAAAGGAGCAAGAUCAGAUUGACAGUGCUAGCGAGCAAGAGUAAACUCCAGGAGAUUAACUAUAUUCAUUUUUCUUAAGGCGGUGGAAUAUAAUCCACGAAUUUGAUUUUAAGCGCACUCGUCGUGCUCCAGUUUUGGUUUUAUGUAUCUCCAGUUUUUUGCACUUGUCAUCCUGCCAAAAGUUUUUACGCUCCUUGAUCUUCCGUUAUCCAAAAUAUAUGAUGCAUGUUUAUGCACCUCUCCCAAGCAUUUACGCCUAAAGUAUGUAAUAUGUUUGAUGUUUGUAAUGUUUUUUGAGGGAUGCAUAUAUUUUGUUUUAUAUGUAUGUGUGUGUAUUUAUGUGUUUGAGGUGGAAUAUAUGUGUUUAAGAUGGUUCUCUAUAGGUUUAGUGUAUCUGUAGCUACAAAGUGCAAUGCUAUUAGCACUUAAUGCAUACAUGUACCAUAUGCAAACAUCUUACUAACUUACUAAUGGUUUCA